UCAUUAUCCUUUUUCUGAGAAAGAAAUGCACAUUUAGCCUCACAAUGAGUGAGUGAAUGAGUGACGUUUUGCGCCUGCCGAGUACUCCCCGGAGUGGUCCGAGCUGACCCCGCCCACUUUCCAGGUGAGCGCCGCUCUAUAAAGAGCAGGUCCACUUCUCACCUUUCAGCAAGUCUCUUGUUUUCCUUGGACCGAGUCGGGGAAGCGCGAGGAUGCGGGCGAAGCUCCCGCCGGCGGUUCUGCUCCUCCUCACCCUCUGCUGCUGCACCCAUGCUCAGCGCCUCAGCUACGUGUCUCCGCAUAUCGGAAGCUUCGCCGGAGCCACCCGUCUCACCCUCACGGGCGAUGGUUUCGCCCAAGAGGGACAGUUCCGGCUGAAUCCCGAGGACGACACGUUCGGGAACCGCGUGACGCUGGUGUCGGGCACUCUGUCCGUGCCCUGCGAUGUGGAGAGGGACUCCACGCACGGCACCCAGAUCUUAUGCUACACCAGACCCAUGCCCCACGACCAGUACGUGGUCCACGUCAGCGUGGACGGGGUUCCCAUUCCCGAUGAAAACAUCUGCAACGGCGCAUACAAGCCGUACCACUGCAGCUUCUACACCAAGUGGUACAGGACACCCACCAUCCAGUCCCUGAGUCCGGUCAGCGGCCCUCCAGGGACCCUGGUGACCAUACGAGGCCUGAUCUUCAGUGACGUGUAUGGAAGCAACACGGCGCUCAGCUCCAACGGACAAAACGUCAGAUUCCUCAGGUCCUACAUGGGGGGGAUGCCGUGUGAGCUGCUCAGACCUGAGUCUGAUGAACUAUACAACCUGAGACUGGAUUCUGAAAGAUCUUCCUGGGGAUAUAUGAGCUGCAGGAUGACAGGGACUUAUGUUGGACAUCACAACAUGCGCUACAUUUUGGAUGCUAAUUAUGGCAGGAGCUCCGCAGACAAGAAGGUCUACAGACUCUCAGCCCUGGACAAGCUGGGAAUGUUCCAGACCUACGCAGAGGUCGUCGGGGUCACGCCGUCGCAUGGCAGCGUCCUGGGCGGGACUCUGCUGACUGUCCACGGGCGCUUCUUCGACCAGACAGACAGUCCGGCACGUGUGCUGGUGGGAGGACUGCCGUGUGAAAUCCAGAGCGUGCGCGACAGCGAGAUCACGUGCGUGACGGCCGAGCGGCGGAUGACGGACGACGAGCGCAACACAACAAUCUAUCCAGGUGGCCGAGGCCUCAAGAUGGAGCUGUGGAACAACACCAGGUCUGGAGACCUGAGCGACAUCCAGAGCUACAACGAGAGCAAAGAGGGGUACUGGAGGCAGUGGAUAGACUCCAUGCCGCACAACUUCCCCCAUGAGCUGCACGACUUGAGCACCAGAACCAGAGGCUUCUUCGUGCCGCCGGCCAGCGGCAACUACACCAUUUACCUCAACUGCGACGAUAAAUGCCAGCUGUACUUCAGCAACUCCAGUCGCCCGGAAGACAAGGCAUGAGGACUUCAAAUGACUCCUCCCGAUGUCUAAAUGUCACAAAACAUGUUUCACUAACUCUCCUUCAGGUCCAAGUGGCUUACCAGCCGUACUACGUUGGCGACUACACCAAAUUGGAAUCGCAGAAGUCUGAAGUCAUGGCUCUGGAGAAAGGAAAAGCGUGAGUCCAUUUAAGACAUCGAGUCCAAACUGCAGCACAGGUUUAACAAGCAAGCACAGCAUUCACUUAUAUGACCCAAACCAAACCACCUUCCCUAGUCAUAACAAAGGAAAAAACAAUUUCACCACUCAACAAACAUGUCACACAGUCCUUCUCACUGAACUGAAAAAUAAUCUAUAUUACACCUACUUAAAUCCAUUGCAAAUUUGUCCUCUGCAUUGGACCCAUCCCUUUGUUCACCCCCUGGGACGUGGGGGGAGCAGUGGGCAGCAGCAGUGCCGCGCCCAGGAAUUAUUUUUGGUGAUUAAACCCCCAGUUCCAACCCUUAAUGCUGAGUGCCAAGCAGGGAGGUAAUGGCUCCCAUUUUUAUAGUCUUUGGUAUGACUCGGCCGGGGUUUGA